AUGAUUUUACGGGUGAUUCUAGCCGCUUGCCUGCUCAUUCAGUGCCAUUGCUCUUCCGACGGAGCAUUCAAAGUAUUCCGUGUUCUCCCUACCACCAAUCAGCAAUUGCUCCAAAUGAUCCGCUUGUUCGAGACUGCAGACACUGAAAGGGCCGACUUCUGGCACGCGCCCAGUGUGGUCAACGGAACAGUCGACAUAAUGGUGGCUCCGGAGCACACGGAGCAGUUUCACAGUUAUCUGGAGAAGCACGGAUACACAUUUCAAGUGGCGAUCGAGGAUUUGAAAUCGCUUCUCGAAGAAAAGGAAGGCGAUCUGGCCGUUCACACAUCUGACGAGGAGGUCUUCUUGAAACGGUUUCACGACGACGUCGGAUUCCAUUCCCGACUCAGGUACUCACUUUAUCGUUCUUUUAUGGAGAGUUCAUUGCAGAAUGGGAGAGUACUAUUCGUAUUCGGUGCUCUCCACGUGGCUUCAGAGAAUCGCCGAGAACAUGCCGGACAUUGCGAAGCUCAUAAAAGUGGGAACGAGUGUGGAAGGAAGAGAAAUUCUGGGUCUCAAGUUCGGAAAAGACACCCCAGACAAGAAGAUUGUGGUGAUCGACGCGGGAAUUCACGCGAGAGAAUGGGCCGCCAUCCACACUGCCUCCUACUUUAUUAAUCUGGUACCGGACCCAUCCUAGAGUAGGGAAAAGAAAAGAGUGAAUUCAGAUUGUGAACAGUCGGGAGGAGGAUCCACAGAUCCAGAAUUACCUCGACAACCUCGUCAUCUACAUAAUUCCAGUUCUGAAUCCAGACGGAUACGAAUACACGCGAACGGACAAGACCAACCCGAGAGUGAGCGAUUUCCUUGCGAGCACACCGUCCAAUCUGUGCUGUUUUCAGGCGAGAAUGUGGAGAAAGUCGCGUUCCCCGAAGACGUGCGCGUUCGACGGAGCCCGAAAUGCGUGCUGCAUGGGCGUCGACCUCAACCGGAACUUUGACUUCCGAUUCGCCGAAAUCGGGUCCUCCCGCUAUCCGUGCUCUGAGAUUUACCACGGCUCUUCUGCAUUCAGCGAGCCCGAGUCCAAGUGAGAACGAGAACGUCGGGACAGAAGAGAAGAAUCCACCAUUUGCAGGGCCUAUUCUCAGUUCUUGUUGUCUCUGAAGGGACGAAUGGAGGCCUACGUCACGCUCCAUUCGUACUCGCAACUCUGGAUUUAUUCGUAUUCUCACAGAAAGUUCACCUACGCUCCUGAUAUUGACGAGACUGUGAGUGAAGAGAAUCCGAGAGGAGAAUGAUUGCAAAUGCCGUUUUUCAGAGAAGAGUCGCUGCGAAGGCGGUGCAAGAACUCGGAAGAAUGUACGGAACCAAGUACCGCCACGGCACCGGACCCGAAAUUAUCUGUUCGUUCCAUGCCUUUUCGAGACCUGAACUUUUGAACGACAUCGGCCCAAACUUUGCAAUCUUCUUGGACUGGGAUUGUCCAAGUUUCAGACCGAUCGGGUUAUCUGGGUCAAAAGUUCAGACCUCAAAAAGCCUUCGAAACGUUUAGUUUUCUUCUUCACCCACCUCUCCGUUUACAGACGCAUUCUCGGGCGGUUCAACCGAUUGGGCGAAGGAAACUCUAAAGAUCAAGUACUCGUACACAAUCGAACUGAGACCCGGUUACGAAGGUAUCAUAGGUCCUUCCCGCUCCGAUUCUUCAUAGAAUUUCUCUUCGAAUUCAGAAUGGAAUGGAUUCGUUCUCGAUAAGGAUCAGUUGGUCCCGACGGCCAAGGAGACAUGGGCGGGAGUGACCGUCGUGCUGGACGAGGUCGCCAGCCAAUGGAAGUCAUCUCGGAGUGAGUGAGGGAAAACUCUGAUUCUUGCAGGUCAAACAGAAGUAAAUCAAAUCGAAUAUUCAGAAUUAACUCGCAGAAUCGUGAGCGGAAACACUGGUUUUCUGAGGCGAAAAGUUUGUUGAUCGCAUGAAGAUUACCGUAGUUGCUAGUGCAUUGCACCUCAUGCUUCUUCUUUUUCUUCUUUUUCCGUCUUUUUUCCGAAUGUGCUCUAUUUAGAUCGGGAGACUGAAUUGAGCCGUUUGCGCCAGGAGAAAUGCUCCGACCGGCUCUCCGGCUGUGCGUAUUGGCUCCAAACCUCUCCGAAUAUCUGCCGGUAACUCCGAUAUGUCUUCCCUAAACUUCUCCUCUUUUUCAGCACUUCUCAAUCGACAAUGGCUCGUGAUUGUGCAAAAACUUGCGAUUUAUGUCAUUUGAUCGUCGUCUCCUAG